AUGAUCAACGCCGUGCUCGUCUUCAAUAACAACGGCCAGCCCCGCCUGACCAGAUUCUACACGCAAAUCGACACAUUAACGAAACAAUCCCUGAUCGCCCAAAUAUAUGACCUCGUCGCCGAGCGUCCCCCAACAGCCUGCAACUUCCUUCCCCUGCCUCCCAUCCUCGCUCGCGGUGCCAGCUCCGAAAGCACCGGCCCCUCCGAUGCGCCAGCCCAGAUCACCUACCGUACAUAUGCAACUCUAUCAUUCAUCAUGAUCUCAACGUCUACAGAGUCACCGUUGGCACUUAUCGACCUCAUCCAGGUCUUUGUCGAGGCACUCGACCGCAUCUUCGAGAACGUGUGCGAGCUGGAUCUCAUUUUUGGGUUUGAAACGAUGCAUGCGGUAUUGAGUGAGAUGAUUGUUGGAGGUGUCGUGGUUGAAACGAAUAUCGAUAAGAUUGUCACGGGGGUGCAGAGUCAGGAAGGGAAUCUGGGGAAGCGGAAGGCUAUACAGGCGGCUAGCUCUGGGGUCGGAAGGGGUGGAUUAGCUGGGCUUGCAGCUUGGCGGUGA